CGACUACAGCGACCAAAAAAAAGCAAACGGAGAACCACUACCCAAACUCAUGGAGAAAACGAGUAAGAGAGGCAAAUCUCAUUUCGAAAGUUUUCUUAAGCAAGCAAACGGAGAACCGCUUCCCGAACUCAUGGAGAAAAUGAGUGUGAGAGGCAAAACUAAUUUCACAAGUUUCCUUAAGCAUAUCUCUCCAAGAGUCCUCGUCAAAUCCCGUAUCCAGAAUCGUGUGGGAUCGUCUUCUUCAAGAGCCAAAGCUGAAGGAGUGAGAAAGCCUCACAUUGUCCUGAAUGACAUUUGGAAAGCCUACAACGUUUGGAGCUGUUAUACUGUUGGCAUUCCUAUUACGCUGAAUUGGAGAAGUGUUAAUCAGUACUAUGCUCCCACCCUCUCUGCGAUCCAAAUCUUCACCAAGAAGCCUCUCAUCGAUGGAUCUUCUUCAAGGAGCUUUGCUGAGGACUGUCAUCUUUACUUGGAGUUUAACCAGACAAUGAGAAUUGAAGACAGGCCUCCUCUUAUUGAAACUGUUACGAAUCUAGCUAAAAAGCACCAUGGAUUGAGUAGCCUAAAAAUCUCUGAUCUCUCUGAAAACAGUUGGUUUGCUGUAUCUUGGUCCCCGUCAGUUCAAAUUCCAGAAGUGCAAGUCGUGAAGGGAUAUUUCAUAACAUAUCAUUCAUUCACACCCGCGUUUCCAGCAACAUGUCCUCAAGAGAACAAAUUGAAAUUUGAGCUUCCUGCUUUUGGAGUGGUGGGUUCCAAGCUCUCCAACAAUGUUUGGAUCAUCCCAGGGACCACGGAUCAAGAGAACAUGAAUAGUCUUGAGGAGUCUGCUGCCUCCUGGCUGGGGAAAGUCAUGUUCACUCACACCGAUUUCGACAUGUUUAUGGCUCAGAAGAAACCUAAUGACCUGCCAUCUCCAAGUGGGGUGGUUACUGGUGAGUGAUGACUAUCUCUGCAAUGAGC